GGAUAUUCUGAGCCUCAAAAAUCCGAGCGGGGUCUUGGCAGGUGGCAGAAAUGCACAACAGACUGAAAACAGAUCGCAAGAUAGUAAUUGGAUGCAAAACUCGGUUGGGUAUGAAUGUGAGAAUGGCGGCGCAAUGCGAUGCUUAAAAGGCCACGAAUUGGUGUGACUGAUGUUGAAAGAAUCAACAAAGUGUCCUCUGGCGGGCGCGUUUCGAUGGGAUUCUAUGGAUUCCUCAGGUCACUGGCAGGGCGUCCACUAGCUGCAGAUAUGCACCCAAUGUAUCGUCACCCGAUCAGAUUGGAGGAUAGAAUUAGGACUGUCGAUCUAUCUUGCUUCCCAGGCUGGGAUGAUUUGUUAACUGAAGAUGUUGCUGAGAAGAAGUUGACACCGCGAGAUGGCCGUUUUCGCCACGUGAUGGUUCCCGUGAGUCACUGCCUUGCUGCCUGGGGCAACAAACACAUUCACAACUCGAUGAUUAAUGUUGAUGACGAUGUAAUGAAUAUUAUCAUGGAUAUUGAAGACAUUAUAUACUCUAUAUUAAUUGUUGGUGGUGACGAAACGAAUGUAGCCCCAAAUUGGGGAUGGUCUGUGCAAGAUAUAUUUCUCGACAACAACUAAACAAACAAUGACUUCAGCACUUGUAGAACGCCGAGACACUCUGUCAAA